AGAAAACAAAAAUCAAAAUAAUAAUUAGAAUAAACCGGCGCCGCUCAUUUGGAAAUUGGAACAAUCUCCUAUAUAUCACCACCAACCAUCUCCAGCGGUCCAGCCGUUUCCUAGGGCUUCAUAUUCUACACAAGUUCUUCUUUUUCUCUUUUCGUCAUUUUUUUUGAACACAUAAAUUAAAAACCCAUAAAAAAGCUUUUCUUUUGCCGCUUUCAUGUUAGUUAGUUACUUUGCGUCAUUGAGGAUUUGAAGAGAACGUAAAUCUGGCUAAGACGAGGUGGGAGUUUCUAAUGCUUAGUAAGGAUUGGAUCGAUAGAGCUAACAAAAAUCUUCUUCCAGUCUGGCCACUAUAAAAACUUCCAACUUUUCUCCCACCUCAAAGCAGGUGUGGGGUGAAAACGAGGGGGUGAUACUGUUAUGUGUUCUCAGGAGAUCAAAAUCAUCACAUAUUUGGAGAUUGCGCCGUGUCUCUGAGGGAUUAUCACUUGAUUAUGGCUAAGGUCAACCUGAGCUAAGCUUUGGGAAAGAUUGUGGUAGCAUGCUAUUUAAGUUCACUGAAACUGUAGUUGUUGAAUCAGUUGGUUAGUAAUACGUUAGAUGGUAGGGAUCCUUAAUACUAGAAGGCAAGCAGAUCUCGUGUGAAUUAGAUUUAGUUAUUCCUAUCAGAAUGGUUAGAUUUUCCUGCUUCCAUGCUCAAAUCCACUCGCAUAAACAAAAGAAGCCAGUCCAAAUGUCUGCUGAAGUAAUGCAAAAGAGCCUGGAGGAUCAUUCUCAGAAUCAUUCCAUGAAGGAUUUUAGUUAUUGUCAAGCUACCAGUCCUCCGCACUUGAAUGAGGAGUGUGAUGCUGGCCAUGUUAUAGAUUCCUCUUCUAAUGAUCAUGGCAGUAAAUCUGAAGAGAACGGGGAUGAAUACAAAAGUGAAUGCACUGCAAGUGUUGAUCAUAAUAGUGCAAAUAUUAAAAAGAGUAAGUCUUUAGGCUUUGGAUUGGGCUGGGAGGAAGGAAGGCUGUAUGAUGACUAUAACUCAGAGGAUGAAAGUCGUGAAAGAUUUUCAUUUGAUGGAUCAGAUACCCAAGAUGGUGCCAAGGAUUUCGUAACUAACUUGCUCAAUAACAGUCAAGAGGUGCAGCCCUCUACAUCUGUUCAAGUAAAUUCUGAUUUGGCAAACUCUGAAUCUAUAUCUGUGAUUGAAUACCAGAAAGAGUCAGAGAGAGAAGAAGAAUGUGAAAACUAUGGCUUUCACCAAUCUGGAGCUGAUGAGCCUGUUGUGCAUCCACCUCGCACUUCAUUUACCUUUGCAAAAUCAUGUUCUUUGCCUAACAUGCACUCCACUGGUCAACAUUUUACAUCCAGUAUGCCUUAUCCCAGAUCUGCUGAGGAUUUGAUUGUUCUAGAGACAAGAAGAAAGGAAAUUAUAAUGGAUGGAUUAGCGAAACAAGUUAUGCAGCAUGGGGAAAGAGAGGGCUAUGUUCAAAAUGAUGAGAAAAUUACUGGUGAAAAUCCAGUUGAUGACAAUUAUGGAACCUAUAACUAUGUGGGCUCAGCAAAAGAAUGGAUUGUGCCUGUGUUAGAUGAGGUGAGUAUGCAGAAGAACAUUAAUGGAGAAUCCUUGGUUUGCCAGUUGAAUGAGUUACCAAACAAGGAUUUUAGGCAAAAACGAAUUGAGGAGUGGGUUACAAAUCUCCAGGAUUGUGACCCUCUUGAAGAAACAAAUGAAUUAGCUAUCCCUGAUAGUAGUGAUCAUGAGAAGAUACAUAAUGAUAAAGUCUUGGAUGGGUCACCCCUGGGAAAGUUGGACGAGAAGGUGAAUCCUGGUAUGGAAGCAGUUAAGAAAUAUAUCUCUUCUUUGAGUGCUUUAGCCACGUCUGUUCAACUUGUAAAUCACGGAUUGGUUGUUAUUCCAUUUCUCAGUACCUUUCUGAGCCUCAAAGCACUUAAUUUAUCUGGAAACUCCAUAGCAAAGAUUACUGCGGGUGCUUUGCCUCGAGGGCUUCAUAUUUUGAAUCUUUCCAGAAAUAAUAUCUCAACUAUUGAAGGAUUACGAGAGCUUACUCGACUUCGUGUACUUGACCUGAGCUACAAUCGAAUACUGAGAAUUGGACACGGUCUUGCUUACUGUUCCUCCCUGAAAGAGUUGUACCUAGCAGGCAACAAAAUUAGUGAGGUCGAGGGUCUUCACCGCCUCCUAAAAUUGAAUAUUUUGGAUCUGAGGUUUAAUAAAAUAUCUACAGCCAAAUCUCUGGGCCAACUUGCAGCUAAUUACAAUUCUCUGCAAGCAAUCAACCUGGAAGGAAACCCUGCCCAGAAGAAUGUCGGUCAUGAACAGCUAAGGAAGUACGUGCAGAGUCUUCUUCCACAGCUCGCAUACUAUAAUAGACAAUCCAUCAAAAUUGGCACAUUGAAGGAUUCAUCAGACCGGUCUUCUCGACUAGGCAUUGGUUCCCACCAGGCUGACCGUGGCGUUAAAGCAGAACUCAAGGUUGUGCGGAAGGGAACCACAAGUGUUUCUUCACACAAAGCAUCAUCCUCGUCCAUUCAUGGUCGUAAAGGUCAAUCAAAUUCCUCACCGAAGCGAUCCAAAAGCAGACAUGGUCACUUGCCUCCAAGUGCAUCUCGAAGAAGCAAUCAUCACCUUCAUCCUAGUGAAUCCAACAACAAGCUCGCAAAUUUCAGACCCGAACCCUCUAUGCGCAGGAGCCGCAGUGAGGGCACUCUUGGCAUUUUCUGAAAUAUGAUUAUUUCUGAUUUGUGAUCAAAAUACCAGUGACUUCUAGUCUGGGAUGUUGAUACAUUUAUGCCCCUGCUUGGAAUUUACUUUCUUGUUAUGUGAUUGCAGCUGGUUUGUCAUGUGUGAACCAUUUGUUUUUCUUUGGUUUUAUUUAAGCUUUCAUGUUCCUUUCUGGAAUUCCAAUGUCAAUAAAGGGCAGUUUUUAUAUUUUCAA